UUUUUGGGACCGCAGUACAGAGAGAGAAAGAGAAGGAAAGACACACGCACGCGGGGAGAGAAAGUUUAAUCCUGCACUAACAGCUGUGUGGAGCUGCUGCGGUGUGUGUGUGUGUGUGUGUGUGUGUGUGUGUGUAUGUGUGUGUGUAUGUGUGUGUGUGUGGGUGGGUUGUGUGUGUGAGAACUGGCUGAAGACUGCAUGCAACUUUCUUUGCGUGGGAAGAAUUAAAACUUUUUACCCCCGAGUCCCGCCGGAUCGUCCUGCGCGCCGCGAGCUGGCCACAGCCACUGCUGAUUGACCUAGAAUCCACAUAGGAAUCAUGGGUAGUAAAACACUUCCUGCUCCUGUACCUCUUCAUCCAUCCCUCCAACUGGCCAAUUACUCCCUCCUCCAAACGUCCAACGGCUUCCAUCUUCCUGCCGAUCAAAUGCCGGGAAUCUACAGCUUCAGCGCGCUUCACGCCGUCCACUUGCACCACUGGACGCUGGGAUAUCCUCCAUUUUUGCCCCGCUGCACCUUCUCUCGUUUCCCUCUUCCCUCCAUCCCGCUCCUCCCUCAGCUGGUGCAUCCAGCCAAACAGGAAGCGAAGAGCAAGCCGCGCUUUGACUUCGCCAACUUGGCCGCCGCCGCCACUCAGGAAGAGCCGCUGAAGGCCGAGGACCUGAGCGUGUCCGUUGGAGGAGGAGGGCACACGAACGCGCCCUCCCUAGGCUGCCUACUCGACGUGGCCAAGCUGGCUUCACCCGAGAGGAAGCCGAGCCGAGGGCGGCUGCCUUCCAAAACCAAGAAGGAGUUUGUGUGCAAGUUCUGCGGCCGCCAUUUUACCAAGUCGUACAAUUUGCUGAUCCACGAGCGCACGCACACAGACGAGAGGCCGUACACGUGCGACAUCUGCCACAAGGCCUUCAGGAGGCAAGAUCAUCUCCGAGACCACCGGUAUAUCCACUCCAAAGAGAAGCCGUUCAAAUGCCAGGAGUGUGGAAAAGGUUUCUGUCAGUCCAGGACUCUCGCCGUCCACAAAACAUUACACAUGCAAGUCAAAGAGCUCAAACCCGCCAAGAUAAAGUGAGGUCACGCUGCAUUAGCCAAUGGGGACACUGGAAAGCCAAAGACCCGAGGACAGCAGCCAAUAGCAAUAGCAACAUGACCAAAGAGUGAAAGGUGCAAGACUCAAACUAAUAUGAUAUCAAAAUAUGGACUCAUGGAGCCAAGAGCUCUCGCUGAAUCUGCAAGCACACGGUGGUUCUGAAUAAAAAUGGGUUUUCAAAAAGUGAGGUCAAGCUGAAACAGCCUGUGGGAUCGCAGGAAAUCCAGAACCACGAGGACUUCAGCCAAUAGCGAGAGCCAAAACCAAAAAAUGACCAAAGAGUGAAAGGUGCAAGACUCGAAUGGAUACCAAAAUAUAUAUAUAUAUAUAUAUAUAUAUAUAUAUAUAUAUAUAUAUAUAUAUAUGUAUAUGUAUAUGUAUGUAUAUGUAUGUAUUUGUGGAUCGCUGUGGAUUUAAAGUGAGAUCCAAACACCUCAAAGACAUCAACUGAUAAGGAGGUGGCUAGAAAUCCAAAGACCUACAGGACAUCAGCCAAAAGUGAAGGCCAAGUGCAAAAAAACAACAACAAAAAAAACUUCUUCAACAUAACCAAAGAAGCAAAAGGUGCAAAACUCAGCUAACACGAUACCAAAUGAUGGAUUUAUGAAUCUGAGAACUUGAUGAAUCUGCAAACACACAGCAAUGCUGGAUGAAAACGGAACGGUCAGGAAGAAUCAGCCAGGGGGGACGUGGGACAUCCGAGCAGUGCAAACCAAAGAGACUUGUGUAAGAAGACCAAAGAGUGAAAGGUUCCAGAGCAAGAGUUAAAUCGAUAUUAUACCCAAAUAUGGAUUAAUGGAUUGCUGAACUUACGAAACAACGCGGAAUCGGACACAUUUGGAUCUAAGUAGCGUCGGACUCGGACUUUUAGAAGUAUAAUCAUCUUGGAUUUACGGAUUUGGAGGACUUUGGAAUUUUGGUAGCGCCGGGAAUGGAUCAAAUCCAGAGGCCAGACUCGAGUGUGCAAAAAUGUGAUCUCAGACUCUUUAUUUUUUUCUGUCUACGCCGACAGAUCCAUCAGUUUAUUGUUUAUCGAUCGAGUUUGGUUGAUGAAGACCAAUUUCCAGAAGCCCAUCGAGGCUCUGUGGCGUACAAGACAAUCAUAAACACUAAAAAUAUAUAAUAAUUAAAAAAUCAUAAAAACCAAAGCCAUUAACUCGACUAGCCAAAGCCACAUUCCAAUUUUCUAAAAUUUUUUUGUACAGAUUUACUUUUUGUAUAACUGUAAGUUGGCACUUUAAUCGGUUUAUGGAUUAUUUACAUAUAUCACUGGAUUCUUUAAACUUAUUUUAAAUAAAUAAAUAGCCAUUUUCUUAACAAAAA